AGGAAAUCGUUAAGAUCAGGUAAAAGGAGUCGGAUUCUUAAUCUCAUACGAUCUUUCCGGCGUAGACGCCCGAGGUAAGUGUAGUCACGUAGUUGGUCUAUGUCUACUGGUAUUGAUCCAUGCAAGGGGGGUUGGAAGUGUUGCACGUUGCCAAGACACCUUGUUACCAGAGCCAAAGGAGGGCAACCUGGGGAUCUUUGUGCCGCACCAGGCAGUUACGGAGCCGUGGGGUCACGGAGCGAUAGGCUCCUGGACAUGAGACGCACACUGGCUGAACUAGUUUCCAGAGUUAUCGAAAGGGUUCAGCAAGGGGGUAGCGGCGGCGACUGCCGUGAAAGUGGCAACAAUGGCAACAGUGAUGACCCAUAUGAUGGAUGGUAGAAGUUAUAUACUAAGGAAGAGGCGACGAGGUUUGAAGCUUGGUACUGGGUAAAUCGAGAAGUUGAUUGGUGGGCGGAUGGAAU